AUGUUGAGAAAUUUACAAACUGAAUCAUUGUCUCAACAGCCUCAACAAACCGCACAAUUUCAACAUGCUUCUUUAUUAAAUAAUACCACCACUAACAAUACCAGUAAUGGUUUUAAUACACAACAGAAUCCUGAGAUUUUACAACAGCCUGCUGGUAUUUUUACACAGAACCGACUUGUUCCUGAAGGAAGUGCCUACAGUCGCCAAACAUACGAACCCACUCAUAAAUGUACUACUUGUGGACAUAUUCAUGAUUGUCAAAAUUGUAAGAAUAGGUCACUUCUACAACAAGCAAUAGAGCCACAUCAAGUUAAAUACUUUGAACCAAUCAUCCAAAACACUGCAAAGGCAUUGUCUAGAAGAAUUCGAAGAACAGAACAUGAUCCAUAUUUUCGAAGGAAUUCAACAAAACGGAUAGGUAUCUCUCAAGAUGAGAUAUUAGAACGUAGUCGAAGAAAUCCUAAUCUUAGCAUUUCACAAAUUGUAGAAGAAAUUAAUAAAGAAAAUGAGGCUGCACAUGAAAAAGAUUGGUUUCAAAGUUUAUCACCAGUAGGAACCUAUAAUACAUCUUCACAGUUUCCUGCACAUUUUACCUCUGCUGAUACUACUUCUUUGCAAAACCAAGGUGUAAUCCAACAAACACAAACUACAGAUUCUACGAUGCAAAAUACAUCAUUUUUUGGACAACAAUCAAGAACAUUCCAGAAUCCUAUAAUUUCAAGAGAACCGGUUUCUUUUGGUAGAAGUUUAGUUAAUAAUACUCAAAUUUCGCAAAAUGUCCCAAUGCUUAACCUUGACGGUACUAAUUUAAGACCUAGCUUGUCAAAUCUUGGAUUAAAUUUUAGAAAAAUAAAAGUUAAACAUGUAUUUCCAAAAAAGUCAGCAAGCAUUGUUAGACCUCUCCCAAAUCCAGUACCCCCAAAUAUAAGAACAACUAGUGGUGCUUAUGAAGAGAUGAAAAAAUUCUUUAAUAAAGUUUGGGGUUGGAAUGCUUAG